AUGGAGGGAAAUUCCCAAUCUCAAUCUUCACAGACCAAGAUCAAGGAAUGUGCUCUGCAAUACAGAAGAUUUGGAUCAUUGAAACGAGACAAGGAUUUUAAGAGAACAUUCUCCUACUGUUUGAAACGAUGUGUAACUGAAGUUGAGUUUGAAACUGUAUGGAACUCAAUUAUUGAGAAGUAUAAAUUACAAGAAGAUAGUUGGUUCCAAAGAAUUUAUGAUCUAAAAGAAAAGUGGUGUCCAGCUCUAAGCAAAGACUUCUUCUCAGCUGGUAUCCUCUCUUCCCAACGAAGUGAAAGUACCAAUCAUGCAAUUGGGUUUAGAGCAAAUAGAUCAACAAGAUUGACUGAAUUCUAUAGCAUUUUCAAAGCUUGUAUACAUUGUUCGAGAAGCACGGAAAAACAUGAUGACUUCUCGUGUAGUAAAUCAACUGCAUCAUCAAGAAUACCAUUAUUUGGUCUGCUGAAAUAUACAUUAGAAAUCUACACUUUGUCUUUAUUCACAGAUUUUGAAGAAGAAUUUGGGUAUUCCAUUGCAACUACCACAAAAUUGCUUUGGCAAAAUGGUAGUACCUUGUUCUAUUUAUUGGAAAUUGAAAGUGAACCUUGGUCGCAACAAAAAGUCACUUUUGAAUUUGACAACAACCAAGUUACAUGCACUUGCAAGAACUUAGAAGCUUCUAGAUGGUUAUGCUAUCAUUGCAUCAGAAUAUUACACUUACAUUCAGUGAUGAGAAUACCAGAUCAGUAUAUAAAGAAAAGAUGGACAAAGUUUGCAAAAUCAUAA